UGUAUUUUGACAGAAAGAUAAACUUUUUUACCACGUAGAGGCAAUUUUCGAUUAUUUUAUCAUUAAUUUUCUUCCAUUUUACACAUUAAUUUGAAAAUAAGGAAUAAUGAGAUACCACAUUCAAUAUCUCCUAAUAGUUGCCUUAAUUUCUCUGGCAUCGGCUAGAAUAGAUCCAAAAAAUUUGAAGUGUCUAGUAUGUCGGACGACCUUCGAGGAGUUAAAUGCUGUGAUAAAAAACGUGGAAAAAUGGAAAAAAGUAGAUGUGGGCAACUUCCGUAUGGACGCCAGCGGGAACACGCAACAACAGAAGCUGCCGGCUCACCGCUCAGCCGUCUACAUCUCAGAGGUCAUUGACGGAAUUUGCAAGAAAAUGGACGAAUACGUUCGCGUUUACUACAAGGCGACCGGCAAACUUGCCAUCAUGCAGCUGGUGAUGCCAGACGGGAAGAUGAACGCCGAUUUCUCCAAGACCAAGUUCGUGACUGACGAUGAUCUGAACAAGAGCUUGGAGUAUUAUUGUGAGAGGAUGUUUGAGGAGAAUGAAGAUGAGAUCACAGAUCUCUACAAGAACAGGCCAGAAGAUGAUGUCAUGCCGGACGCAGAGAGGGAGAUAUGUUUCAAACACGCCCAAUAUUGUGAAGAUUGGAUGUUACCCACUGAUGAGGACACCACUUGGACUCGGGAGAUGGAAGAGGAGUAUGUCAAAAUCCACGGGCCGGACCCGUACGGCUUCGGAGGGUUCGCUCCCCCCACGCCCGACCUCGGAGACAUUGCUGAUGAUGAGGAGGAAUUGCCGGCCGAGGAAGAGAGGGAAGAGUUGUAAUUGUAUUUAAUUUGUUAUAUUAAUUUAUUGAUUUUUAAUCUGUACUAGGGUGGAGCGGCAAUUUGAAUUAUAUAUACAUACAUACAUAAAAUCACGCCUCUUUCCCGGAGUGGUAGGCAGAGACUACCUCUUCCACUUGCCACGAUCUCUGCAUAUUUCCUUCGCUUCAUCCACAUUCAUAACUCUCUUCAUGCAAGCUCGGCGGUUUCGGGUACUUUUGACCUGACCCUUUACCUGUAUAUAUAUUAUUUAAUUAUAUUUAUGAAUUAUAUAUUUAUUUUAUUCCAAAAUUUUUUUAUAAAAAGUGCUAAAUUAAGUUUGUUUGUAAUAUAGAUUCAUAUAUGUAUACUGUUACAAUUAUUUUUGACCAGAAUAUAAUAGACUAGAAUUGGUAGACUGUUAGAUAGGUAAUGCUAUUAGCUUUAAGUCCGCCUCUUGUACUUUACAAAUUGUAAUUGUUGCAAUAAAAAAUAAAUAAAUAUGUUAUUAAUAAAUAUAUUUUAAAAUUAAAUAAUUCAGGAUAUUCUUUGUGUAUACAAUUCUUCAUACGUAUGUUAAUAACUUGAGUAUUAAAGUUUUGAGGUAGAUCCAUUUUAUAUUCGAACAUUUUUAAGAUUAACAUCCAAAUAUUUUGCUCAUUUAAAAAAAAUAAUUAUGAAUUGUCGCUCCACCCUAAUAAUAUAAAUGACAAUAAAUACAAUAUACACGCGUUCACGUCUUAAUUCCUAGCGCGGUAUAGACAGAGACUUUUGACAAAUUUAAAUAUUGUUUUAUGAAAACUGUUUUCUUUUUAGUUUUCUUUUCAACAAUUUUUCGUUAUAUUUAUGUGUUUUUAAGAAAUAAAAGCCAUAAUUGUAUGUAUAACCCUAGUGCCCAAAAUGCGUGAACUUUUCCAGAAAAGAAAUGUGAUAAUAAGCAGUGUUCGGUAAUGUGUUAUUAUUUCACUUAAAAAGUGUAAUUGUAGGGCUUCCUUUAUUUAUAAUAUAAUGGUCAAUAAAUUAACGUCGGUGCGAAGGUUCUUUUAAAAAGUUUAAAUUAAAUUUUUUUACUUGUAAAUUAUUAUUCACAUACAUACAGGUAGGCAGAGACCACAUGUUUCCACUUACCACGGACCCUGCAUACUUCUUUCGCUUCAUCCACAUUCAUAACUCUUUUCAUGCAAACUCGUCGGUUUCGGGCACUCUUGGCCUGACCUUUUGAUGGUAUUAUUUAUAAAAGUACGCUUUAUUUGAUUAAAUUAAAAAUACAAUGGUUGUCACAAUCUUUAGCUGCGAUAAACUGCAAAAAUAUAUAAAAAUUUACAGUGUUAAAUAUUGUUAGUUUGAAAAUGAGAGAAUUUGCAAUUGGUAAAUAGUGUUGCUUUUAUGUUGCGCAAUAGCAUCAAUAGAUGGCGCUAUAACUAAUACAUUAAAGUUUUAGCGCCAUCUGUUGGCGAAAAAGAUUCAUAGCAAUGACGCACCUUUUUUUGAGUUAUUUUUCUGAUGAUUUCCCAAUGUUGAAUGCAGUCUGUCACAUUGGAUGGCUGAUUGUACUAGCGACCUGCCCCUGGCUUCGCACGGGUAGCAUUUAUAUAUAUGUAUAAACCUUCCUCAGAAAAUCCUCUCUCCAACAGUUCAAGCGGGAACAAAAUCCGUCCACAACUUACCGAGAUUAGCGCAUACAUACAGACAUUGAAAAUGUGGACUUUGUAAUAUGCAGUGUAUUGUAAUAAUGUAUGAAGUUAUGUUUAAAUCGCAUUGUAUGUUGCAUUAUUAGACUUUGCAAAAUGGCUGACUCUUUACCUUGCAAAAUGGCUGACUCGACAAUUUUCAUUCUGCGUGGUUUGCAAAUUUCUCCAAAGGCGAGAUACUUUGUUUAAGUUAUCCAUUAUAUUGUUUUAGUACGCUAGUGCGUUGUGAGUGAAAUGUCUUACAGGAAUUAUAAUGGUUGUUGAAUAAAAUGUUUUGUUUAUAA